AUGCUUACAAAAAUAACAGGGGUACCUUUAGCACCAGAAAAACAUUUUGAUAACAAACAACUCCCAAAAUUAUUAACAACUUUAUCAGAAGCUAAGAAUGAGACUGAAAAAGAAUAUUUCAAAUUAAUGAACAAUAGUGUUUAUGGACGUACUAUGAUGAAUGUUCGAAAUAAUGUUGAUAUAAGAUUAUGUUCUAAUGCAUCAAAAGUAGAGAAAUUAAUUGCAAAACCAAAUUUUGAUAAAAGAACAAUUUUUACAGAGAAUUUAGCUGCAAUCCAUAUGAAAAGAUAUACAGACUCACUAAUAUUAGAAAUAAAAACUGAUGAUUUCUAUCAGGAUAUAUAUGAAAAGAUAGAUAAUAAAGAUAGAUCAUUAAUAGAUGAUCAUUUUGACACUUCAGAUUAUUCAAAAGAUAAUAUUUAUUGUUUACCUUUAGUUAACAAAAAAUUCUUAGAAUUCAGACAAGAACAAUUACCAGAAGUCAAUCGUAAGUUUGAUGAUAUUCAAUCUCAGAUUGAGCUUAUUGAUAUAGAUAAUGCUGCAGAGACUGACAAGGAAAGAGAGGAAUUUGAGAAUGAUUAUUUUGCAAUUAGAUCCGAAAUGCAAGAAUUAAUCAACGCAGAAAAAAGUCAAAACUCAUCCAUUCAAAAUAAUACUAUGAAUUCCAUGCCCAUGCAAAGAGCUCGUUUGGCACCAUUGACCCUUCCAAAAUUUGAUGGCAACAUUCAGGAGUGGGAAUCCUAUUUUGAUUGCUUUAAGGGAAUGGUGCACAACGAAGAUGCUUACCCACCAGCUCAAAAAUUUUCAUAUUUAAUAUUCUCACUUUCUGGUGCUGCAUUGGAUGUUAUCAAGGCAAUUCCAAUGACCGAAAAUAACUAUUCUUUAGCAAUAAAAAAGGUUGCAGCAACGUUUCGAAAACAGGAUUAUGGUAAUACAAUCUCACAUUCGUGCAAUACUGGAUUUUCCACAACACUAGAAGCGCAAGGACAGCCAGUAGAUAUGUGGGAUGCAUGGUUAGUGACAGUUUUGCUGAGAAAGGUUGACCAUGGAACAUGUCAUGAAUGGCAAAUACGACGUACAAACAAUGAACUACCCAAGUAUAAGGAAUUAGAGGAAUUCCUGGCUAGUUGUUGUAUAGCUUUUGAAAAUUCAGAAACACGGGACAAUAGCAAUACCGGAACCAAGAAAAAGUGGACCAAUCCGCAUACCAGAAAAAAGGUUACGUUAGCAGCAACAGAAGACAAGUCUGAUAAAUGUCCUUGCUGCAAUCUGAUGCAUAAACUAUAUCACUGUGAAAGGUUUAAGGAACUUCCACAGGGCAACCGGUUCAAUAUUGUAAGAAGUGCUCGUUUGUGUUUUAAUUGUUUGAGUCCUUACCAUAUGGCUCCGGCUUGUCAAUCUAAGUCAGUUUGUCAGCGCUGCAAGAACAAGCAUUACAAGCACACAUUAUUGCAUUAUGAAAAAUUCAGCCAAGAUAAUGCAUCAAGGAAAUAUACUACUGAAGAUGAAGAUCCGCAAACUUCUUCUACUCCUCCAGAUCAGCGAAAGUCAUCAGUGCAUUCAUGUCUUGCAGCAAGGCCUACAGAUACGCAUGUUUUUCUUUCAACCACCGUAGUACAAGUGACUGAUAGUCGUGGUUUUAUGCGUGACACUAGAGCGGUAUUAGAUAGUGGGUCUAUGGUGAAUUUUAUUUCGAGACGUCUGUUAAAUGUCCUGCAGCUCAAUACUCAAAAUACAAAGUUACCAAUUCGGGGAGUGGGAGCUAGUCAAGUUCAAUCUGUAGCCAAAGUAGAAAUACAGGGGAAUUCCAAGGUCACAAAUUACAGAAUAACGCUACCAUGCUUUGUGUUACCAACUGUUGUGAGUGAACUCCCAGCAUGUAAUGCAUCAACAAGGAAUUGGAAUAUUCCUUUUAAUCUAAGAUGUAAACUUGCAGAUCCCAAGUUCGACAAAGCUGGCGCGUGUCUUUGGGAAUCGGGAAACCUCAGCAUACAAGACACGAAACUUGGUUGGAUAGUCACAGGUGGGCUCGAAGUUACUAGUCUUCUAGGAAUUAAUUCCCUUGGAGAAACGAUGGAAAGUGACUGGAAAGCAAUACUUGCAGAUGAGCAACAAUAUGGAAAAGGAUCAAAGGCAAAUCAAAGAUGUGAAGAAGAAGAGAAAACUCUCCAGCAUUUCAAGAAGUCGGUUAGGUGA